ACCUGCUCGAGUCCGCCUGGCUCCCGGCCCCUGGCCCGCCCCUUCCAGCCUCUGGCGCCUCCCGCCAGCGACUGGGAGGCCACUCGGGCGCCUGCUAUCCCGGCCGCUCGGUCUGGGACACUUGGCUGGCGCUUGCCCGGCUCGCGGGCAUGUUCGGACCGUCCAUCUGAACGUCGAUCUGGACAGAGUUUCCAGAUCGCGGCUCCAGGAUGGGGCUGGCCCCACUAUCACUGCUCCUGGGGCUCUCCCUCCGCGCGCUCUGGAGAGAAGCUGUUGCUGAGGCACCAGAAGAGAGCAAGCCCUACCCACUGUUAUCAGGAGCAGUUCCAGGGAGCCUGCCAGCUGACUCCGCACCCUUGUCUUUGGCUUACACCAGUGGCUACCAACCUGUCUUGAUGCCUUCGCCCACCCAGCCUGGAAGAGCCCACCCAGGAAAUGCAGUCCUUCCCCAGGAGACCUCUUCUGGGUCAAAACUACCUCCUCUUGCAUUUAAUCACACAGUUGGACACAUAAUACUUUCCGAACACAAAGACAUUAAAUUCAAUUGUUCCAUCAAUAUACCAAAUAUGUACCAAGACAUCGCUGUUAUUUCUUGGUGGAAAGAUGGGAAGGAAUUGCUUGGAGCACAUCAUGCAAUUACACAGUUUUAUCCAGAUGAUGAAGUCACAGCAAUAAUUGCUUCCUUCAGCAUAACCAGUGUGCAGCGCUCAGACAAUGGAUCCUACAUCUGUAAGAUGAAAAUAAAUGAUGAAGAGAUCGUGUCUGAACCCAUUGACCUCGAGGUCCAAGGGCUUCCUCAUUUUACUAAGCAGCCCGAGGACAUGAACGUCACAAGAAACACAGCUUUCAACCUCACCUGCCAAGCCGUGGGCCCUCCUGAGCCUGUCAACAUCUUCUGGGUUCAGAACAGCAGCCGCGUUAAUGAACAGCCUGAAAAAUCUCCCUCCAUCUUAACAGUUCCGGGUCUCACCGAGGCGGCCGUCUUCAGUUGUGAGGCCCACAAUGACAAAGGCCUGACUGUGUCCAAGGGUGUGCAGAUCAACAUCAAAGCGAUUCCCUCCCCGCCUACUGAGGUCAGCAUCUACAACAGGACUGCACACAGCAUACUGAUCUCCUGGGUCCCAGGUUUUGAUGGCUACUCCCCGUUCCAGAACUGCAGCGUGCAGGUCAGACACAUGGAUCCGCUGAGUAACGGCUCCGUCAUGAUUUUUAACACCUCUGCUGCACCACAGCUGUAUCGCAUCCAGCAGCUGCAAGCCCUGGCUAAUUACAGCAUCGGUGUGUCCUGCAUGAAUGAAGUAGGCUGGUCGGCCCUGAGCUCUUGGAUUCUGGCCAGCACGACCGAAGGAGCUCCAUCGGUGUCACCAUCAAAUAUUACCGUGGUUCUCAGUGAGUCUAGUAACGGCUUGGACGUCAGCUGGACAAAGCCUCCAAUCAAGCGGCAGGAUGGAGAGCUAGUGGGCUACCGGAUCUCCCACACGUGGCAGGGCGUGGGGACUUCUAAAGAACUCUCAGAAGAAGUUGACCGAAACAGCAGCCGGGCCCAGAUUUCUGUCCUCCUGCGCAAUGCCUCAUGCACAGUGAGAAUUGCAACCAUCACCAAGGGAGGAGUUGGACCCUUCAGUGACCCGGUGAAAAUAUUUAUCCCUGCACAUGGUGGGGUUGACUACGCCCCCUCGUCUACCCCUGCGCCCGGCAACACAGAGCCCGUGCUGAUCGUCCUCGGCUGCUUUUGUGGCUUUGUCUUCAUUGGACUGGUUUUCUACAUCUCCCUGGCCAUCAGAAAAAGAAUCCAGGAGACCAAGUUUGGGAACGCGUUCACUGAGGAAGAUUCUGAGUUAGUUGUCAAUUACAUAGCAAAGAAGUCUUUCUGUCGGCGAGCCAUCGAACUGACCUUGAGUAGCUUGGGAGUCAGUGAGGACCUGCAAAAUAAACUCGAAGAUGUUGUCAUUGACCGGAAUCUUCUCGUUCUUGGAAAAAUUCUGGGUGAAGGAGAGUUUGGGUCUGUGAUGGAAGGAAACCUUAAACAGCAAGAUGGAAGCUCUCAGAAGGUGGCAGUGAAGACCAUGAAGUUGGACAACUUUUCGCAACGGGAGAUCGAGGAGUUUCUCAGCGAGGCAGCAUGCAUGAAGGACUUCAGCCACCCGAACGUCAUCCGACUUCUAGGUGUAUGUAUAGAGAUGAGUGCUCAAGGCAUCCCCAAGCCCAUGGUGAUUUUACCGUUCAUGAAGUACGGGGAUCUGCACACCUACCUGCUGUACUCCCGACUGGAUGCAGGAGCAAAGCAUAUUCCUGUGCAGACACUGGUGAAGUUCAUGGUGGACAUUGCUCUGGGAAUGGAAUACCUGAGCAACAGGAAUUUUCUCCAUAGAGAUUUAGCUGCUCGAAACUGCAUGUUGCGGGAUGAUAUGACCGUCUGUGUGGCAGACUUUGGCCUCUCCAAGAAAAUCUACAGUGGGGAUUACUACCGCCAAGGCCGCAUUGCCAAGAUGCCUGUGAAGUGGAUCGCCAUAGAGAGCCUUGCGGACCGCGUCUACACCAGUAAAAGUGACGUGUGGGCCUUUGGCGUCACCAUGUGGGAAAUAGCCACGCGGGGAAUGACACCCUACCCUGGAGUGCAGAACCAUGAGAUGUAUGAGUACCUUCUCCACGGCCACAGGCUGACGCAGCCCGAAGGCUGCCUGGACCAACUGUAUGAGAUAAUGUACUCCUGCUGGAGAACCGAUCCCCUGGACCGACCCUCGUUUUCCACGCUGAGGCAGCAGCUGGAGAAGCUCCUGGAAAGUCUGCCUGAGGCCCCGGACAAAGCAGAUGUCCUGUACAUCAACACGCCGCUGCUGGAGGGCUGUGAGGGCCUGGCCGAGGGGCCUGUGCUCGCCCCGCUGGACAUGAACAUCGACCCUGACUCCAUCAUCGCCGCCUGCAGCCCCAGCGGCACCGUGAGCGUGGUCACUGCGCAAGUCCACGGACCCCAGGAGGGAAGGUACGUCCUCAACGGAGGCCUGGACGACUGGGAGGACCUGGCGGCGCCGCCCUCUGCCCCCAUGGCCGUCAGGAGGGGCAGUGUGUCCUCUGAGAACAGACCGGUGAGGAAUGGGGUCUCCUGGUCCCAGCGUAGCACGCUGCCCAUGGGCGGCCCCUCUCCCGAUGAACUUCUGUUUGCCGAUGACUCCGCGGAAGACGUGGAAGAAAUGAUGUGAGUGGAGAGUCGCAGAGCCGAGUUCAGCAUCCUGCUUCAGGACGGCCUGGCUGUGUGUGCCUGACCGUCCGGGGUUUGUCUUCCUCGCCAUGCAAACACCCGCAGGGAAUGUGGUCAUCGAGCAGCCUUGGUUCAAGAUGCAUCGUAUCUAUUUAUUUAAAGAGAAAUAUGUACGUAUGUAUGUAUGUAUAUUGUGGGAAGAGAUAAGGAUAUUUUAAUAAAAGAUGACUGAAUUCAUUUAUUGUA